AUGACAACGAAGGCAGGAACUAGUGCCACGUUAGAUUUAUUAGCACAAUAUAAUAAUCAUAUACAGGAGAGAGAUAAGGUCAAUGAUGAUAUUGAAGGAAAAUCGGAACUGGAUGAUAAUAGGCCCACUUAUGACGAUUUAUUUAAAGAAAAUGUUAAAUUGAAACUAGACUUGAAAGAGCGACAAAAGGAGAUCAUAUCCUUAAAGAAAGUUAUCAAUUUAAUGCAACAUGAUAAAAAUACAUCUGUGGAAGAUUUGAUAUCACAGGUAACGUCAGAUGAAAUGACAUCUAAUGAAAAGAAAAAAGAGAUUGUAUUGCCUCCAAGAUCUAUCGAGAGAAGUGGAUUGCAAAAAGAUAAUGGGUCACAUUUUUCUUCCCCUGAAGUUAAUGAGAGGUCAGAAUUGACAGCUUCCAGGAGUAGUCCAUCGAAUCCUUUCUCAGAAAAAUAUGCGAAAUUAGAGCCUGAUCAAAACGAUAAUGGUAAUGAUGAUGAGAUUGAAGGUAGCAUGACAAAUAUUAUUGAAACAGCUCAAGUAGCUAAAAUACAUGAUGGAUCAAGUACUACAACUACAAAUAACUCCGUACAGAGCUCCUCAAAUGUGCCGACACAUCAUUUGCUUCCAUCUCAAACGCCUUCAUUGACUAGUCCUGCUACGUCUGUAACGUAUACGACAUCUAGAAUUACGAUCAAAUCACCUAAUCGUAGAGCAAAAUCGCCUGUUCAGGAGAGACUUAACUCACCCCAAUCAGUUAAUAGGGUAACAUCUGUUAUUAAUAAUCAUUUACAUUCACCAUUAAAAUCUGAUCAUAAUGAUAGAGAUGUUAACAUGGCUGAGCAAUCUUCUCAAUAUUCACAAAUCGAUUCCAAUCUAGACGAAGAUCUUUAUCAUAAUAACAAGAGCCCCUUAAGAUCAGCAAGGAAAGAGUUGGAUAUUUCGCCUAAUGCUAAAGCUAAAUUAAAUACCUUUUCGCAGUUAUUAGCAGAUUCUUUCGGAGAAGAAGACAAACUAUCAUCACCAUAUACAGCUGAGAAUCAAACAUUGAGAAAUAAUACAGAUACUUCACGUCCAUUGCCCCCUGUUCCACCUAAGUUUUUUUCACCUAGUAAUCCAAGUAUCCCUGUAACACCCGUAGACGUUGCUUUAGGGUCUCCGGUCAUUUUAAAUCGUACAAAGGAUAAGUAUUCAGCUGUAGGUUCAUCACUAAAUAAUCAAACUGUUACUGAUCAAUCUCAGAUGGCUUCUGCAUGGAGCAUGAAUAAGAUAAGUGGCAAUGACAGCGUAUCCAGUAAUGAACCACUAAGGGUUCCUUCCACGGCAGAGUCAAUUGAUUCUGGAAGGAAACCUCCAUUAAAAGAAAUAUCGUCAAAUACCUCCCAUAAUCAAAAUUUGUUAAAAGUUGAAAGCGGUAAAAGUAGAGUCCGUGCGAACAGUAUAGGUACUGUAACCUCCAGUAACACCAGUACUCUUGCUUCUGAUAUACCAUUAUUUGUACAACCAAAUGAUUUGCACACAAUACAGAUGGAUAUAAUAAGUACAUUAUAUUUUGAUCCUCAAUCAAAUUCUGGGGAUAACUCAAUUUUAUUUGGUGUCAUCGAUAAGUCAUCUGGGAAAGAAAUGUUCAAGUUUUCUAAGUCCAUUCAAAAAGUAAGAGAAUUAGAUGUAUAUUUAAAAUCUCAUGUUUCGUCAUUAUCCUUACCCACUUUACCUGAGAGGACAUUAUUUCAAACAACAGUUCCAACAAGAGUAGAUUACAGGAGAGAACAUCUAAAGAAUUAUUUUAAUAGUAUAGCUGCAAUUCCAGAAUUGCCAGGUAAUGUGUCAUUAAAAAUAUCACAAUUCUUAAGUACAGAUACAGUUAUGUCACCAUUUUUAUUAGAAGAUACACAAAAGGAAGGUUCUCUUUUGAUGAGACGUCCAAAGAAAGCACUUGGUGGGAAUAUAUCCUGGCGUGUAAGAUAUGGUAUAUUAAAUGGAGAUUUUUUACAAUUGUUCGAAGGUGGUGAUAUGAUGGAAACAAUUAGACUAAAACAAGCCUCUCUUGAAUUACUUCCAAAUAUGCCAGAUGAUAAAUAUGGGACUAAGAAUGGGUUCCUGAUAGUAGAGCAAAAGAAAGUCGGAUUAUCCUCUUCAUCUAAAUAUUUUAUUUGUGCAGAAUCUCCAAAGGAACGACAAUCAUGGCUUGCAGCUCUUAGCGAGUUUAUUGAUACUGCUAAAUUGUCAACAUCAUCACCCACUGGCGAGAGUACUGGAAUAUUCAGUAGUAGUACUAGUAACUCCUUAAAUGAAAGUACAGACCAGGUGUAUGUUACCAAUCUAGCACAGUCAGAUAAUGCUGCAUCUUCCCAGAGCUCACAACCUAAUAGUGCAGAUAGUUUCCAGGCUACCUCUUACGAUCAGUUUUCCAAUUCAGGACCUGAUGAUGAUAAAGAUAUUAAGAGAAAUAAAAUGAGAAGUUUAUUCCCAUUUAAAAAAUUCAGCAAUAUGACCAAUAAUACAUUGCAUGCAAACAGUCAUAACAUAGGCCAUCAAAACAUGAAUAAUAGUCGACCAGUUUCUGCUAACGACGAAAGUGACAAAUCGAUGAAUAUGGAUAAUGAGUACAGUAUGAGGUCAGAUUCAAGUAUGAUAAAGACUUCACCAAACUAUGGAGCUAAAGAACCUUCUCAAGGAGUCGUCUUUGGUGCUUCCAUUGAAACAUCUCUAAAAUUAAGUUCUCAUUCAUAUCAAGGAGUAUACGAAAUUCCAAGUGUUGUUUACAGAUGUCUGGAAUAUUUAUAUAAGAAUCGUGGUAUCCAGGAGGAAGGUAUUUUCAGAUUGAGUGGUUCAAGUACAAUGAUCAAGACAUUGCAAGAAGAAUUUGAUAGAGAUUAUGAUAUUGAUCUUUGUAACUAUAAACAAUCCGGUGAUAAUCCAAGUAAUGUGAUUAGUGUGAACACAAUAAGUGGUCUAUUGAAAUUAUAUUUAAGAAACUUGCCCCAUUUGAUUGUUGGUGAUGAGCAGUUCUUAUUAUUUAAGAAAGCAGUCGAUGAUCACCAUGAUGAUCCUUAUACCAUUGCAAUUGAGUUUAGAAAAAUUAUACGCGACAAGCAAGUUCCACAUGCCAAUAUUUCAUUGAUGUAUGCGCUAUUUGAAUUAUUGACCAGAAUUAAUGAGAAUCAUAAAAUCAAUAAGAUGAAUUUAAGGAAUUUAUGUAUCGUAUUUUCGCAAACUUUGAACAUCCCAAUUACAAUGUUACAACCUUUCAUUGUAGAUUUCAAUUGUGUUUUCAAGGAUGGAGAACCAAUCCGUAAUGAAAACAGGGAGGAACUAGAUAUUCAUAUUCCUGGUGUAUAG